UCUUCUUCCUUCCCAGUUUAAAAACGACGAGAACUAGUACAAAUUCUUGCAUUGCUUCUUUCAAAAAGUAGAGAAGCUUACAUCAACUCUCUGUUUUCGCGAAGCUCCAAGCCCCUAAAGCUGCCCUUAUUUAUAGCCUCACGUUUUCACUCUCUUUUGUCCAAUUCUUACAUCAACUCUCUGUUUUCACUUUCUCUGCACUCUUUGCUUUGCUCAUACACCCAUGGAAUCAUUUAACUUUCUCAAAUUCUGGCGUACUGCCCCUGUUAGGGAUAUUGACUGUGAUUUUGAUUCUGUUAAAAAGUUCGCCGAUUCUGUGGAUUAUAAAGGGAAUCCGGCACCAACGGAGACUACUGAUGAAGAAAUCGAUGAGGAGGGGGAUUCAUUUUUCGAUUUGGUGUUUACUACGGGGAUUAACGGACACCCCAAAGUAAACAACAACCCCACCAACUCUAUUUCUGAAAAGGGUUUUUCUUCCGUGAAGCUGGAGAAGCCCGAAAAUGUCUUUUUUCCAAUUGACGCCAAUCCUAAGCCUCAUUCUCCGAAUUCGAUACUCCCAUCAGCUCCCAAAUUUAGCGUUUGCUUUUUGGGGUUCAGGAAAUCAAAGCCGGAGAAAGUGGGCAUUGACGAUUCUUCCACGGCGAGUCGCAAUAUUCAAACCCAGAAGAGGAAAGUUGAACUCGUCCGUGAUAGCAAGUGCUUCACGGUGAAAUGCCAGGUGGAAGAAAGGGAAUCUUCAAUUAACGACUCAUCAAAGCAAUUUGCAAGAGCUGAUAUGGGCAAGUAUUUUAAAUUGAUGAAGCCUUUGUACUCCAGAGCUUCCAAAAGGUUCACCGAGAGAAGUCAUUUAUUGUCUUCUCCGUCAGUGCAAUCAUUGAGCCUACCGAGAAACUCAUCCGAAGAGAAACACGGAAACCGAGCCGCUGUACUUAUGGCUGUCCGUAAACGCCUAGGGAAGAGCCGGUCAACGGCGCCUUCUUUCGCCGGAGCUUCAACUUCGCCGAUGUCACGCCGAGACGAUUCACUCCUGGAGCAAAAUGACGGAAUCCAAAGCGCUAUUCUUCAUUGCAAGAGAUCAUACAGCAGCUCAGCCCGAAAAGACUGUUCGGUGUUAUUACCAAGAAAUUCAAAUGAAGAUCUAUCAAGGGGUUCAUGUGAAGAGCAGAAUAGAUGGAGUAUUUGAAUAGAAUAAUCUCUGUUUAUGUCAAUAUUUUGAAACUAAAUUAGAUAGCGGGAAUAGAAAAUUCCUGGAAAUAGAGGGUUUGUCUUGUUCCUUUUGUUGAUCAUAUCAUUACAGAGCAGUAACUUUUUCUUUUUCUUACUAGCGAAGCACUGUUUAAAAAAAAGUGGAAUAGUAGUAAGUAUGAUUUUCGAUGUAAUAUGACAGAGUAACAAGAAUAGUAGUAAGUGUUUCAGAGGUUUUCUGUGAAGUGUAAAUGUUCAAUUUGGUCAUUAUUAUGUUCUGAGUUCCAAUUCCCAAAUAACUUGUGAAGUGGCGGAAUCGAAGUUGUCAUUAUUGCCAUGGCAUACCUAACGAUGAAGACUUUACU